AUGACAAGCCCGACACCGAGACGGCUCACGUAUGCCUAUGUGUCGCGAGAAACCCGCGUCGGAAAGCGCUACUUCAAGUGUCCACGUUGUGUGGCUCGCAAGUCGAGUGGUGGGGCAGGCGAUGGGGUUCAGGCCGGAGACAGGCACUACACCAUCUUGGUCUUCUUUGCUGUAUGCUCGUCGAUGUGUGUGAUGCUGGAUGGUGACAUCACGCUGUUGGCUGCCAUCUACUCCAUCUCCUUCCUGCUGGUCAUGGGCCUGUUUGCGUUCGGUGGCCUUUGGCUCAAGAUCAACCGGCCAACUUUGCCGCGCGUCAUCAACGCUCAUCCUGCUUUGUUCGUCUGCGGCUUGCUUUUGGUAAGUUUUGCAUUUACUGCUGUCGUUCUGCUCCAUCCGCAGAUGCUGACCUAUUUCUACAUUUACUACGGCAUCACCACUACCAUGGUCAUGCUGACCUUUGCACGAGUUUCGAUCUUUAGGGCAUUUCUGAACUUGAUGAAGCAGUCCAAGGCCGCCCGAUUUGUGAUCCAGUGGUUCGUGCAGAAGGAUAUUGCACACGGGUGGGUUCACCAGAAGUUGAAGAGCCUGCAGAAUCAGGGAGUUGUGUACUUCACGAAGCGGGCCAGCAUGAGCCAGAUUAAUCGAGCUUUGCAGUACAUCGAGCAGAAUGAGGAAGCUAGAUGGGUCAAGGUCAUUCACUGUUACACGGACAGAGAGCCAGUCCCAGAAAACCUUCAAGAGUAUGUUCAGAUCCUGGAUUGUGUAUACCCUCGCCUUCGUGUGGACUGCAUUCUGGUGAAAGGCGAGUUCAGCCCAGCAAUGGUCAUGUAUGUUUCGAAACAAAUCAACGUCAAAGUCAAUUGCAUGUUCAUCAACUGCCCAAAGCAUGACUUCAAGCAUCCACUGGACAGAAUGGGUGGUGUUCGCGUCAUUCUAAACUCUGAGAAGCCAGACCCGUUUGAAAUGGAUGCAGGUGCAGCUUCACCAACUUCUUGGAUAUCGCCGUCUCCAUCAGGACCGAGCGAGGGACCUUACUUGCCAUUAAGCAAGUCUGAUGAAUCUCCAAAGGACCUGCAAAGCAGUCCUCGUGCCAUUACUAGUGCUGUUAGCAUUGGUGAUUCCAGCUAG